AUAGUCAAAAAGAUUCUAAAAUGAGAAGACUUUGGGAAACGAACGAAAACAGAGAGCUUAAAAGGAAUCUACAGAACAAGGGUUACGACCCUUUACGUCCCAUAGAAAAUCAGAGUUCCAAAACUGGUCUAAUAAAGCUGGUUUCUCGUGAGGAAGGAUUCCACAAGAUGGACCAGGGAGCUACUUGGAGGAGUAGCAGGCCUUCUUCAUACGAUCAAAGGGUUAUAGCAAUAUGCUUGGCACUUGCUGCUGUAAUCUCACCUCUUUAUAUUGAUAGGAUAAAGGAAACGGAGCCAGAGCCUGAGGAGGAAACCAUCAACAUAUCUUCGUAUCUACCUCUGUUGCUUUUGAUUCUGAUCAUGUCUAUAGCUGUAUCACGUUACUUGGACCGAAGUUUUACCAGUUUUGAUCCUAACUGGAUUCACAGAGUUUGUGGCUCUUCCACUGGGAUCAUCAUUCUUCUGCUGAUUCUCGCAUCAGUUUUGAAGUUCAAAUCUUCUUAAUUUUAUCUGAGCAGCUUAGAAGAGAUCAGCAAAUUUUAUCUGUGGAUGUAAGAUGCUGACUUUUCUUACCACAAUUUUAAGUUUGUUGAAAUGCGCAUUAUGCUCUUCCUAACUGGAUUCAGAGUUUGUGGCUCUUCCACUGGGAUCAUCAUUCUUCUGCUGAUUGUCGCGUCAGUUUUGAAGACCUGAGCAGCUUAGAAGAGAUUAGCAAAGUUUAUCUAUGGAUGUAAUGUGCUCAUACUUCGUUCUUUUCCUACUAAUUUUGCUUCCCAGUGGCUGUGAUCAUACCAGAAUAUCAUGAUCAUAUAUUUUGGCCAGGUGCUGCAUAACUUUUUGAAAAACAGCACCGUAUUUUUUUGUACUACUGAUUGCUUUAACUUUCUAUG